AUGGGUCCAGCUAACUAUCAGGAACCAACUGAGACCAGGCACUCAGCCCUCCAGCAUAGUUUCUACGCGACGUGGAAGGAGUCGGCUUGUCUGUUGUGUGUUUCAGAUCCCAGUCACACCACCUGUGGAGAUCCUGGAACACCUCUGUUUGGAAACCAGAACAACACCCAAGGAUACCAGAUCAGCAGUACAGUAUUGUUCAGCUGUAGGAAGGGCUACCUGCUACAAGGCUCCACAACACGCUCCUGUCUCCCAAACCUCACCUGGAAUGGCUUCCAACCAGAGUGUAUAGCCCACCACUGUAGCCAGCCAGAGAUGCCCACCCAGGUGGAUGUGUCUGCCAUAGAGUUGCCGUCUCUAGGUUACACCCUGAUCUACACCUGUCAGCCAGGCUUUUACCUGGCCGAGGGUUCAGAACACAGAACCUGUCGGGGUGACGGGAGCUGGACCGGGAAGCAACCUGUCUGUGCUGCUGAUAUCCGUCCCAGUGGGAAUACAGUGGGGACCGUCCAGGAGCCGCCCAAUCCUAAACUACCAG